CCUAUAUAUAACCAUAAGGAGCCUUUUCAGAAAGAACAUAUCGCGAAUACGCCGCAAAAUGCAAGCAAGCCUGUUAGUCUUUUCGCUUAUAUAUUUCGCCACCGGGCUAUGCGAUGACAAUAACGAUGCCAAAAUUAGAUACUAUUAUGGAAAUUUCGACGAGUACACAGAACUACCAAUUACGGAAGCUGAUCAAAUAUUCAAGAAGGAUUGGUAUAACUCUAGUCGUACAACGGUUAUGUUUGCGCAUGGCUUCACAGGUCGUCCUGAAGGCCCUGCCGUGACAGCCGUGAUCAAAGCCUACUUGGGGCAGAAUAACAGCAAUGUGGCCCUUCUGAAUUGGGAGCAUAUGGCCGCAAUCGUCCCUCCUGGCCUAGUCAGGUCCUAUGUCAAUUGGGCGGCGCCUAAUGCCAGAAAGCUGGGAGUCCGCAUAGCUGAUACUCUGCGCAAUCUAUCAUCAGCAGGGCUAAACCUCAACCAAACACACUUCAUCGGCCAUUCCCUAGGAGCACACAUAUUUGGCAUUGCCGGUAACCACCUCAUGCAGAAGGGAAUCCAAUUACCUUGGAUAACAGGUUUAGACCCGGCCGGCGUGGGAUUCGAAAACAGAGUGCCCCUGGAAAGGCUCAACCCGGGCUCUGCGGGCUACGUUUUUGUUCUCCACACAGACCCGAACAAAUACGGGUUCUCAAGACCCCUGGGUUCUGUGGACUUCUGGCCCAACUAUAGAAACUUAGGGCCUGUAAGACAACCUGGAUGCGACUAUGGACCUCGGCCGCAGUUUACACCUGAAGAUCUCUGCAGCCACAAUCGCUGCUGGCAACUGCUGGUAGAUUCAGUCAAGUACCCCGGCACUCUCCUGGGCAGUUACGCUAGAAACUACAGGACAUGGAAAAACUACUCGCCUCAGGAGCGAAACGAGUUUGUUCUGGAAGUCGGGAAGAGCUACAAGAAAUUCGUUUCGGGGAACUAUUAUUUCGUGACGAAGGAUGUGUCACCAUACGGGCUCGGCAAAAACGGAUUGUAGAGAACAAUACAGAAGCUGGGAUAAAUAAUAUUUUGAUUACUCACCCACCACGUGUAAAAACUGGGAACUUAAAUGUAUUUAACAAAGUGAAAGAUAACAGUGACUACGCCUGAAUAAAUAUAAUUGUUUUCCUCAGGAUAUUGCCAUAUAAUAUACAACAGAUUCUUAAUUAACUGCGGUACACAGUCCAUUUCUCUUCCUCGCGGAAGUAUCGUUGAAGAUAAUGAUUCAUCAAAAUACUGGCGGAAUUAAUCAUUCCAAACCUGGAAUUUUUGCACAAAUCAUUAAAGCACUUAAAAGGCAAAUGGAUUUUGGGAUGCUGACGCCAAAUUGCUUCUUAAUGGUUUAUUAUGGUUGAGAAGACUACUUCAUUCAUUUUUAUACCGAUGCUAUUAAGAAGAUCGGUAUCGAUUAUUACCUUUCCGCAAAAAGUCUUAUGGAUUUCUUAACGUUUCAUGUGAAGGUUUUUUGGCCAAAGAAUGUCAAUAAGUUACAUGUGGAAAAUGUAAAAAUGCGGCCUAAAAUAAACGAAGUUGCAACAGGAGUCUCAAGACAUGCAUGUCAAAGAGGGGCAUGAGCAUAGGCUGAAAGUCGCGAGUAAUUCCCUAGGGCAGGCCGCGGGCUGCCGGUCUGGCGUGUAAACAAACAUCUGGCCACGACCAUGGAAGGAAUUCCUAAGGCAGAGAGAUCGGUGUUGUCUAAGGAAUCGCAUUCAAAGAGAAAAACGUGUAUUUCAGCCGCACACGAUGUUUGUGGUACAGCAUACGUGUAAGAAGUUCGUAUCCACAUAUUACGUGUAAUGGAUCGGUGUUCAUACAGAGCAAAGAUACACACAAGAAGCAAUUAGCGUAACGUAGCUUUAGUGGCUUGAGUCUAGUAUAGAUAUUGAAUGUUAUAACAUUGUAUAUACUUACAUGUUUAAGUAUUAUUUGUAACGCAUAUAGAAUUGCUAUGCGGCAUGAACUGUGCUAUUAAAUAUGUAAGUAAGUAUGUAAAAAAAAUAUUAAAAUACCAAAGUAACCUGUUACCUAUAUCUCGUUAUUGUAUUUUUUUCUCAUAACGCAAUGUCAC